CCUUGCUAGAGCUCAUGGCGAACGCCAACCAAGAUCCAGAUUCGGUGGCCCUGCUUGUAGUCCCGUGCUUGGAUUGCGGCAGGUUAGUGGUGACGUUCGUCGCGAAGCGUGGUCAGUUCGCCGGCGAGCCGUUCUACAACUACAAGCGUCGCAAUCACAAUCCGGGGAGAGGUGGAUGUGAUUUCUACAUGUGGCAGGAAGCCUACGCGGAACACCUGGCUACGCUUGGACCGGUAGCGCAAAUCAAUCAAGGUCAGCAGGAAAUCGCAGCACCAAAUCAAGGUUGUCAGAUGCAGGCGGCGGAUGGUGGGGUGGGGCAGCAGAACGGUGCACCGGAAGCCUCGCAUUUGGCGUCGGCGGCAAGCGAAGCUGCAGGAUCUUCCCUCACUGUGGCGGCUGUUGCUCAGCAUCAGGCAACCAUCGCCCUCGACCCUGCAUCGAUCAAUUUCGUGGUGUCUGUUGGCAAGUAGCAGCACACAUAGAUAACACUUUGAUGGCCA